AGAAGAUGGUCGAAGCCUAAUGGUUUUGAAAAUCACUUGCAGCUUCCCCGCCGUAGCUUAGGGUUUUGCUCACUCUUCUUCUCUUAUAGUUGGGGAGCGCAAGAUGUCUGAAGUGAAUGCGGGUGCUGAAAUCCCACAAAACAAUACAAUCUACAUCAACAACCUUAACGAAAAGAUUAAGAUUGAUGAGUUGAAGAAGUCUUUGCACGCUGUUUUCACUCAGUUUGGGAAGAUACUUGAGGUGUUAGCUUUCAAACCCCUCAAGCACAAGGGUCAAGCCUGGGUGGUCUUUGAGGAUGUCUCUUCUGCUUCCAAUGCACUUAGGCAAAUGCAAGGUUUCCCCUUCUAUGAUAAGCCCAUGAGAAUACAAUAUGCAAAGACUAAAUCUGACAUAAUAGCAAAAGCGGAUGGUACUUUUGUUCCUAGGGAAAAGCGUAAGAGGCAUGAUGACAAAGGUAAAAAACGGAAGGACCAACAUGAUGCUAAUUUAGCUGGAAUGGGCCUAAAUCCAGCUUAUGCUGGUGCUUAUGGUGCAACACCUGCUAUGCCUUAUCCAGGUGGCGCAAAAUCUAUGGUACCUGAGGCUCCUGCACCGCCAAAUAAUAUUCUCUUUAUUCAGAAUCUUCCCAAUGAAACAACUCCCAUGAUGCUACAAAUGCUCUUUCUUCAAUAUCCUGGAUUCAAGGAAGUUAGAAUGGUUGAAACAAAGCCAGGAAUUGCCUUUGUGGAAUAUGGAGAUGAGAUGCAGUCCACUGUGGCUAUGCAGGCGCUGCAAGGUUUCAAGAUUACCCCCCAAAACCCAAUGUUGAUAACUUACGCCAAGAAAUAAAUAAGGGGACGAAUCAUAUAUCUUCAACUUAGAGUUCUUAAUCCAUUUAAUGCUUUGGUGUGUACCUUUGGCAGCCUUGGUUCGUGUACGAUUGUAGUUGAUGGUAAUAACUUUGACAUUUUAUACAAAUAUGUAUUUACUAAAUUACUAACUGGUUCUAGUUUAACCGGUACAAAAUUAUUUUGCUUUUUGUAGAAUUGUCAUCUGUCAUGAUUUCGCAUUAUUUGAUGAGAAUUUCCCACAAGCAUCUGCUGGUAGAAGAGUAAAUGAAUAGACGAUGUCUUCAUUGUGCAAGUAUAUAAUCAUUUUGUU